AGUCGAAAAGGUUGCUUCAAGUGUGGAAAUCUGGGGCACAUAGCAGAGAACUGCCCAUCUGAUCAGAGGUUGUGCUAUAACUGCCGUCAAGGAGGGCACGAGAGCGCGGAGUGUCCCAGUCCACGAAGCGUUAGCGCUAAGCAAUGCUAUGGAUGUGGUGGAAUAGGACAUGUGCAGUCAGACUGUGCGUCAUUAAAAAUUGCUGCUAGGGCUGCGUCUAGCACAUCUGCCAACACGAAGUGCUUCAAUUGUGGCCGCUUCGGACAUCUAUCCAAAUUUUGCCCCUCUGGUGCGGCACCACCACGGCCCCCGGUUGGACCGGCGGCGUCCCAGCCACCUGUAAGAUGCCUGAGGUGUAAUGGCAUUAAUCAUUAUGCAAAA